GGGGGAUGCAGAAUGAAAUUAUAAUCAUUCCUCACCCUACUUUUCUAUUGUCCUCUCAAACUAAUUGGAGUAAUCGCAGGGCCUUUUAAUGACUUUUUGUUUGGUGGUCCCAAAUGGCAUGUGGUUUUUUUUGUGUGUGGCUUGUGUGCUGCAAAGCUGUUUACAUCUCCGCGGGGACAUCCAAUCUGCUUCCAUCUGGCGUCUCGCAUCACGAUUGGGUGUAACCAAUCAGAAGCGACAGCUGGCUGCCACCGCCAAGCUUGUGUGCGGAGUUCGGCUCACAGGAAGUGAGGAUAGGGCCAGAAGAGUUCUCUCGCCGUCACUGUCACAGAACCACACAAAGAUAGCUGGAUUUUUAGUUAUUUAUUUACUCUUUAUAUUUUAACGGACCACUUUUUGUGGUGCACCAGUCCAAGGCCAAGCCAAGCAAUCGGCAAAGUGUUGCGCUGGGAAGCUCGGCUAGCCUGCAGUCUCUAUACAGGAGUUUCCUCUGGCUGUCAAGAUGAUGGCCAACGCGGUUGGAACGGCCACUCUCUUCGGUGACCUCAAGGCCUUCGUCAGCAACCACAGUCUACCUAAAGGCAAUAUCUCCCUGGUAACGCCUCCCAGCUACAGUCCCGCCACCAAGAUUACUCUAGGAGCUGUCAACUCCAAUGUCGGGACUCCAAUGAUCAUCAGCACGCCACAGAGAGUCUCUCACCCAGGCAGCAUCAUCAUCGGCAGCCCGUUCCAAGCACACACGCCCACGGCCAUGGUGACGCAAGUACGGGCACCAGAGGCCAACGAGUGGACCCCAGGGGCCAAGAAGCGCACACAUGAUUUCGUAGAGGCCUAUCUAUCUGACCGAGAUGGCCUCUUCUCCAGCGACUCCUCCUCAAGCAAGCGUAUGAAGAAGGGCGAUAAGAAUGGCAAGGGCCUGCGCCACUUCUCCAUGAAGGUGUGUGAGAAGGUGCAGCGCAAAGGCACCACCUCCUACAACGAGGUGGCCGACGAACUGGUGGCCGAGUUCACCAACGCCAGCAACAACGUCCUACCUCCAGACUCUCAGGUGUAUGACCAGAAGAAUAUCCGGCGGCGCGUGUACGACGCGCUGAAUGUGCUGAUGGCCAUGAACAUCAUCUCCAAGGAGAAGAAGGAGAUCCGCUGGAUCGGCCUGCCCACCAACUCCGCUCAGGAAUGCCAGAACCUGGAGCUUGAGAAACAGAAACGCCUGGAGAGAAUCAGACAGAAACGAGCUCAGCUGGACGAGCUCAUACUACAGCAAAUCGCCUUCAAGAACCUGGUGCAGCGUAACCAGGCGGCAGAGGCGGAGUCCCAGAGUGCGCCCCCGCCCGGCUCCGUCAUCCAGCUGCCCUUCCUCAUCUUCAACACCGACCAGCGCACCGUCAUCGACUGCUCCAUAUCCAGCGACAAGUGCGAGUACCUCUUCAACUUCGACAACACGUUUGAGAUCCACGACGACAUCGAGGUGCUGAAGCGUAUGGGCAUGUCCCUGGGCCUGGAGAACGGCUCCUGCUCCACAGACUCACUGGGACUGGCCCGGUCGCUCCUGCCCAAGUCACUCCAGUGCUACGUCACAGCUAUGGCCAGGAACUCUAAUCGGAUGCCCCUUAGCCACACAAGUUCUCUGCCGGGCGAUCUGGACUGCACCUCUUCCCUCAGCGGUGGGCGGAGCUAUAGCCACAGUAGCACCGCCCCCUCCCACGCCUCCGAGUCCCGCAGCUCCUUCAACGAGGAAGAGGACGACGACGAAGAUGACGACGACGAGCCUUCAUCGCCCGAGUGAUAUGCCCGACGACAGACACCCUCUUCCCAAUCAACAAAAGCCCUAACAUACACCGGGGACAAUUAAAACAAAGAAGAAAAAGAACAAAAAAAACCUAAUAAAUAAAAAAAAGAGACUUCCAAUGCACCUAAUAUCCCUAUACAGAGGAAUUGGAGGAAAAAGCUACCACAGGAAAUAAGCUGCAAUUUGUUUUUGUUUUUUUUCUAUUCAUAACUUGAGGAAUAUACUAUAUCCUGCGUGUCUAUUCCUGUCCCUUCUUCUUCCUACUCUCCCUCCCACUCCUUUUGGAUAAUUGGAGUCAGUCUUGCCUCCUAGAAAAGUGUGUGUGUGCUUGUGCUUGUGCUUGUGCGUGUGUGUGUGCGCGUGCGCAUGUGAGUGUGAGUGUGAGUGUG